AUGCAUGCACGCACGCACGCACGCACGCACGCACGCACGCACGCACGCACGCACGCACACACACACACACACACACACACACACACACACACACACACACACACACACACACACACACACACACACACACACACACACACAUACAUACAUACAUACAUACAUACAUACAUACAUACAUACAUACAUACAUACAUACAUACAUACAUACAUACAGACAUACAUACUCCUUCCAUUUUUAUUAAAAUUAUAAAUAAUACUUGAAUACUGAGUUCUGAAAGCACACAUAAAAUGCAAAAGAAAGGUGCAUUCAGGCUUGUAGUCAGACAACACAUGGCAUCUUUAUAUUCUAAUUGCCUGCAAAUAGCACAAUUUAUGGUAUAGUGUUUCUUUGUUGUACACUGGACUUCUUGAGGGAAAAGAUCUAAGCAGAUGUCACAAUAUAUCACCUAGUCGCCCGGGUCUCUUGCCUUGCGAAGAGUUUUUGAGGUGGGACACAAUGAGUGUGACAUAUGAGAUACCUUUUAGUCAUACCUGUGCUUAGCAGACCACACACAGUGCACACUCAGUGACACAGAGGAAAACACACACAGGCCUGUAUUGAAGCGUUUGGGACUAUUAAAGGAUCGAUAUUCCAUUGGUUAGGAUUUGUAGAAAGAAAUCAUGAUUAUCAAAGUAAAUUUUCUUUUUUAUCAUCAGAUAGAUUUUGUUAGGAAACAAUAUUAAUUGUUUACCAAAAAAUAAAAGUAGGAGCAUCUAGGGAUCUAGUUCAAGAAUUUGGUGCCCUAGAUUGCAGAGGUUACAAAUAGAGGCUGCGUCUUCCCUUUUUCUUUUGGUUCUCUUGGCGUUGUGAUUUGAUUUAGUUUUGAUUGAUGUGUACAAUAGUUUAUAGGCUAUAUAAGGACAUCUUAAUUGCCAUUUUGCUAAGUGCGAUGUAAUCAAAGAUUGUAAUCACAGAAAAAAAAUCAUGAUUAUAAUAAGAAAAGGUGGGUUUUCCAGUCAAACCACAUUAAACCAUUCCUGCAUGCACAAUCUGAGAUAUGUCAGAGGAAAGUUUUGUUGAUGUAUUUUAUUUAAAAAAGAAAAAAAAAGGAAAUAUGUUUAUAACAAAUUACAAUUUGCAAUGGUGGCCAGGCAAAAGGCGAGGCUUCUUGAGGAAAGGCUAAAAGAAAAAAAGACUGCAGCACAUAUCCAAUAAUUUCCAACACACCCACUACUUACCUACAAUAACAAUAAGCAUGGGAUAAUUGGCAGACAGUCUAGCAAACAUCGGGCAGGUAGCUAGCAAACAGCAGCAUCAGAUUCAUACACAAACGGUAAGACUGCAGCAGCGAGAAAGCAAGAGCAUGCACUUCAAUGAACACCCGACCUGAGUGCUGUUUGUGAUUUGCUUCUUUUCUUAUUGUUCCAAUGCACAGAAGAACCUUAAUCUGGGAUUCUUCUCAAUGUAAUUCCUUUUCAACUAUACCAAAAUAAUCAAUUUGCACACGUAUGCUCACAAACAACACAACAAAAGAUUUAGGGACCGACCACAACAUAAACGCACAGUGCCCGCCAAACAAGUUUCAGUCGCAAUAAUCAUGUGUGUCCAGUCAUCCUGCAAACAUGCAAUCACACACGACUACAUACAGCAUGUAUAUCAUAUGUAAUACAAAUCCAUAUACAUCCAUAAAUCCAUCAAAAUAAAAUAAUAGAAAAACAUGCAUCUAAAAGGCUACGGUAACACCCUCACCAAUACAGCAGCCCAAUGAAACGAUUGAUUGUUCCUUGUUAGUUUAAACAUGUUUUUUAUGGUUCUGACUUGGCUUACAGGGUCUCUGUACUCGUAGCAUUCAUGAUGCGAUGUAUCACUCAUGACGCCGAGUCAGAUAAUACUUUUUUCAUCAAAGCAAUCUGGUUGCGAUCACAAACAUAGACCUCAUCUAAAUUCAACGCCUCACCUGUGUGUGUGUGUGUGUGUGUGUGUGUGUGUGUGUGUGUGUGUGUGUGUGUGUGUGUGUGUGUGUGUGUGUGCGUGUGUGCGUGUGUGCGUGCGUGCGUGCGUGCGUGUGCGUGUGUGCGUGCGUGUAUGUGGGUGUAUAUUUCUCAUCUCAACAUUUAAACGCUGUACACCAAGGCAGUAGAAGGUGGGACAGAGUGACAUGAUGAAAUUACAUCAUGCAGAAUUGCAACGGCGCCGGGACUCAUCAGGUUAUGAGGCGUGAUGAGGAACGAUGGGCCCUUGUUUGAAGCAGAAGUCGAUAGGCGGUGACUCGUUCCCGUGUCAUAGCACGGGGUAGCGGCCCACACACCGUGUUGGCAGAGCUCCAUCGGCUACCGACACACAGGUACAAUUAGAGCCAGUGCUGCUGUUCCAGGAAUGCAAUAUAUCACGGGUGUUCUUCUGGAGCUUAUAAAGUGAAUCGUCUUCGGUUGAAUAGUUUGUGCGCAAACAUAAAUAAUGACUUUUUCUUUUUUUUCGGUCCAUCUGUUGUUUGGUUUGUUCCAGGAGAGGGAAGCGAAGAUGUCUCAUAGAAGAAGCCAAGUCAAGGCCCUCUACAUGUCCUUGUUGUUGGUGUGCUGUAUGUCCCGCGGUGGAGCCGAGUACUCGAUCUGUGGGGAGUUUGAGUUCUUCAACCAGACCAGCAACAGCUGUCAAGCAUGUCCUCAGUGUCAGCCAGGGCAGGAGCCUCACAUGUCCUGUGGCUACGGGGUGAAGGAUGACGACUUUGCCUGUGUGGCAUGUACGCACGGGAAGUACUCCAAGGGGAAGUAUGAGAUCUGCCGACGCCACAAGGACUGUGAUGCACUCUACCGGGCCACUGUGCUGAGUGCUGGGACCACCGACAGUGAUGCAGAGUGUGGGCCAUGCCUGCCCGGGUACUAUAUCUUGGAGAACCGGCCCAGGAACCUCUAUGGCAAGGUGUGCCACUCCUGCCAGAAUGCGCCACGCAACACCAAAGAGUGCAUGAAAACGACAGUGGUGCCUUCUGGGAAAGUACAGAAGGAUCCUGGAAGCACCACCAUCUUCCCCCAUCCACAUAAAGAUGCUACAGGACAGGGUCACCUGGCAACAGCUCUCAUCAUCGCCAUGUCAACCAUCUUCAUCAUGGCCAUAGCCAUUGUGCUCAUUAUCAUGUUCUACAUUCUGAAGGCCAAGCCCAAUGGCCACGCAUGCUGUGCUGGACAAGUGGUUAAGGCGGUAGAAGCUCAGGUCAACAAACUGGAGGACAAGAAAGAUGUUUCUGAUAAUGUGGUUAUCUACUCAGAAAAGGAUGAGUUUGACAAACUGAAGACACCAAUACAGAAAACAGUGAAAAGUGAGAACGACGCGUCGUCGGAGAACGAGCAGCUGUUGAGCCGGAGCAUGGACAGCGACGAAGAGGCGGCCUUGGAGAGGCAGGGUGGAGCGGAGCCCAACGGCGCCAACCCCAACCUGUGCCUCCUCAACCUGGGGAACAAACCCGACCUCUGCCUGCUCUCCCUGGGACUCCUGGCUCGGGAUCGCACCCCAAACGGCCCCAUCGCCACCCCCAACCCGGGCAACAACAUAUCAGCCAACCACAUCGGCAGCUCCGGCCAGAUCAACAACGCCAACCACAUGAGCAACGCGAACCACAUAAGCAACGCCAACGCCAUCAACAAUAACAACAAAACUACAGGGAUUCUACAGAGUCGCAGGAAAAAGAUCCUGGAUCUGUACGCCAGAGCCUGCAGUGUAGCAGAGGGGCUGAGCCCAACGGAGCUGCCCUUUGACUGCCUGGAGAAGGCCAGCCGCAUGCUGAGCUCCUCGUACAGCAGCGAGGCGGCUGUGGUCAAGACCUGGAGGCACCUGGCCGAGAGCUUCGGCCUGAAGCGCGACGAGAUCGGGGGCAUGAGCGACGGCCUGCAGCUGUUUGAGCGCGUGAGCACGGCCGGCUACAGCAUCCCCGACCUGCUGACGCGGCUGGUGCAGAUCGAGAGGCUGGACGCCGUGGAGUCUCUGUGCUCCGACGUGCUGGGCGUCAGCGAGAUGGCGGCGGCGGCGGUGGCGGCGGCGGCGGCGGUGGGCCUCGCGGCGGGGAGUCCGACCGGCGUGGGCUGCCAAGGGAUCGGCAGCUUCCACAGUCAGCUGGCCUGCUCCUCCCCGCCCCCAUCCCUCUGCCCGUCCCCGCGCUGCGCCAGCGUGUGAAGUUUUUGACGGAGGAUGGACGCAUAUUGGACAACAUGGUGUCUUCCGGAAAUAUGUAUUUUACAUCCGUCACAAUCACAUGAAGAAUGUCAGUGGGCCCCCCCCCCCCCUUUUGGACAUCGGCCCCCUGUUUCUGUGCCGAUGACAGUGACGCAAACUAUCAGCAAUCAUGUUUGGGUUUUUUCUUUCUAUUAGUUCUUUGGUCUUUCUUUCUUUACUUUUUUCUUUCUUCCUUCUUUGCUUCCUCUUUAUUCAAAGAGCUUGGGAACACAGAAUAAGAUCACUGAUCAAAAGGCGCUGGAUGCCGGCAUUAAAGAAAAACUAGUUUUAAACUUGAGCUGCACUUUGAACAGUAUUCAGACUGCAGGGGAAGUGAUGACUGCAAGCAAUCAAGCUUGAUGGAAAAAUACUUUUCGACUUAUUUUCAUCAAGAUUGUCGUUUUUUUGUAGAAGACGGGACUUGAGGUAAAUGCAAUGAAAUUGCAUUAUGAGAGACGUUUCCACGCGUCUUUCCCCAUGCCCAUGCUCAGUCGGGCUUUGAUGCUCAGACCAGAACAAUUAUUACGUUUUCCACCAAACAGAAACUCUCUUACUUUAACACCAGCCAUGACUCAGCAACAUCCUCAGCGUCCUUCUCUUGGUUAAUCCUCAAAGCAUUUGCAGUUGUGAUCGAACUUAAGUCACACAGGAAAAAAAACCUUCUUUCUCACUUCUUACCCUGCCAUGACCUAGAAUACCCCCCCCCCCCUGUUAAUAACUCCUGCCCCCCCCCCCCCCCCCUCCCUCGACCUAAUUCUGUGGUCCAGUGCUGCCGCCAGCCCUAAUUAUUCGGCGUGUGGCAAUGGGAGCCCCUAAUAGGCCCAGGAGUGUUGCGGUUUACAGAGCGGGUGCAAAGUGCCUGUGAUUUCCAGCACCCACUAACCAUUGAGAAACCCAGUGGAAAAGCUAUAAAUUCCUCCAUAAAAACCAACAGAAACAGCUUCCAUGGAGGAGGAGAGAUGAACUGCCCUCGGCGAGGCCAGAGCACCUGGUGUGCCCUGUGACAAAAAAUGCUUCAUCACAACAACAUCACAGAGCUUUUAGUCGUUUCUCUUGGAUGACCGAGGAGAACGACUUAGCUUUCUGUGCACAACCCAAAAAACAAACCUGGUUAUUUGUGGUGGUGAAUGCAGGUAUAUAUGGAGUAAGUCUGGUGUUCUCGGUUAACGGUGAGCACUGUUUCAGCAUGUAGUUCACCCAUGGCUCAUCUUCACAGAUUUAAAAUUCGUAGGCCUCUGCCUGGUCCUAUCCAUUCCUAAUUUUAAUUUAUUGUACUUUUUUUUUGCAUUGCUUGGACAGGGGCUGGACUCCGGUAGUGUCAAUGAAUGAACGUGUGUGUUAAUACUUAUAAUAUUAACGAGGCUGGGUGUUUGCUACUCCAGUUUCUUAGUUCAUGGUCUUUUAAUUUCAAACACUAACGUCACAGGACAGUAUUAGCGCCUACCAAGCGCAUCGAAUGAUCUUUUUGUUUCAUUUAAUUUUGCCAAAGUGGAUUCAACCAGGUGACAAUGGAAUUAUUUUGUGGCUUUAUCACAAUGUAAUGUUUUCCAAUUUAAUAUUGUCAGCUCCCAACUUUGUUAAAUAAUUAACAUUUCUAUGCAAAUACACAUCCUUGUUUUCAGGAACAUGUUGAACUGAAUUAUAGGGAGAUUGAGGAACCAUGACAACAGCUACAUUUUAUUUUCUUCCUUUUUUUUACCACCAUAGCACAAACAUACAUGAGUGUGUGAAUGUGUUUGCACACGCUAACACACGUUGAAACCAAAUAUUCAUCUAUUCAAAGUAUAUGUGUAUAUAUAACUUAUUACUGUAGAUAAUGUAUGUGUUCAUAAAAAUAAAGUAUGCAUAAAUCUA